AUGAUAGACCUCACUAAGCAGAUGACGAAAAUAAAGCGGAAGUCCGCGGCGGUCAUGUGGACCAACCUCACGUGCACCGUUUUGAGCUUUCCGGCAAUUGUAGUACUUGUCGUUGCUUGGAUAACUUCCAUGGUGAAAACUGAAUGGGGAUUUGUGCAUGGUUUCAUGUGUAUUGUGGCCCUAUUAUUUGUUGUGGCUUCUGCUGCCUUGUCCAUUUUGCUGCACUGUAAAAAACCAAGCACUAAAAUAUUCUUUAUACAGCAGCUUAUUUCUCUCAUUGCAUUUGCUCUCACUGCAAUUACGCUUGGAAUGGGGCAUGUCACCCUUUAUGUUUGCCGACAGAGUGAAGAAAACGAACCUCCCGAUUGCACACUUCAAUCCGUUGAAGUUGCGGUAGAAGUGAUUGUGUGCUUUUUCAUGGCACUUAACUACCUUUUUACGCAGCAGUGCGUUGCAUGGUACGCUUGUAAACAAAUUGUGGAAGGGGUUCACAGAUGUGGGGCGUAUGGAGUUCCGCUCGCUGGAAAAGUGUAA